AUGCCACAACCGCCACCUAAUGCCUAUAAACCAGGAACCAAACUAACCGUUGGCUCACACCUGAUUUCAAUUAUAAAAUACAUCUCAGAAGGGGGCUUUGCCCAUGUGUACACAUGUAAUAUUGAUCCACCAUUCCAAGGGUCCAAUGUAGCUUGUUUGAAAAGAGUUGCUGUACCUAGCAAAUGGCAAUUAAGUUUACUUCGACAAGAAGUCGAUGCAAUGAGACGAUUAAGGGGUAAUAAACACAUUGUGUCGUAUAUUGAUUCUCAUGCUUCAAGAAUGAAUGUCGACAACACUGGAACCGGAAAUCAGCAACAGCAAUAUGAAGUUUUCUUGUUAAUGGAAUAUUGUGAAAAAAAUGGAUUGAUUGACUUUAUGAACACAAGAUUAACUAAUAAAUUGACAGAACCUGAGAUUGUUGAGAUCAUGUAUCAGGUUACUACCGGUGUUGCCAUGUGUCAUCAUUUACGUCCACCAUUAAUUCAUAGAGAUAUCAAGAUUGAAAAUGUCUUGAUUGACGGCAGCGGUAUUUUUAAACUAUGUGAUUUUGGAUCAAGUGUGAAUUACAUGCCACCACCAAGAAAUCCCCAAGAAUUGCAAUUAAUGAAAGACGAUUUAAUGCAACAUACUACUCCACAAUAUAGAGCUCCUGAGAUGAUUGAUUUGACAAAAGGCUUUCCUAUAGAUGAUAAGCUGGAUAUAUGGGCUUUGGGUGUAUUCUUAUACAAAUUGUGUUAUUAUACUACCCCAUUUGAAAGACCAAAUCAGAAUUCACUAGAAGAUUUAGAACGUACCAUAUUAAACUGUUCAGAGAAUUUGAGAUUCAAUGAUCAGCCUGGUCUGAUGUUUUCACCAAGAUUGAAGAAUGUCAUAAAAGUUUGUCUCAGAGCAGAUCCUAGAAGAAGACCGAAUGCAGUUCAGUUAUUGGGUGAAAUUGCCGCCAUGAAAGGUGAGACUGGGGCACCUAAUGUGAUACCAUUCAGUGUUAAAGAAAGUAUGAAAAUCAAAGCACAACCACUGGCCACAAUGGCACCUAAAAUUGAAGAAAUCAAAGUUGAAUACACAAUGCCUGAAAUUAAAAGAACUGCUGCUGUUAAAUCAGACCCAUUUGCUUCUAUCGAUAAGACCAAAAUUUUAACUAAAAAAUCAUCACCAUUUACACUGGAUCCAGUAAAAUCACCAAGUAGACCUUUGAGUGCAUAUUUUGAGGAUUCACUGAAGAAGAGAAUUUAUUCACAAGGGAAUAGAUCAACACCAUCGGUGCAGGAUUAUAUAAAGAAGGAAUUAGCUAGAGGUGGAGAAAGUUACGAAUUUAAUCAAGAAGAUGAUGGUACUUUGGAAUUUUUAAAAUCAAGAGAAGAUCAACAUCAUCAUCUUCAUGUUCCAACAAGACAUGAUACUGGUGGAAGUUUGAGGGAUGCAUUAAAGAAUGGAUUGAGAAAGAUAAGUACAGGUGGUAGUAUUAGCGCCAAUAAUACCGGAAGUUCAAUUAAGAGUAAUAGAAGAAAGAGUCUUAAACAAAUUUUAACGGGAAGUAGAAAGAGUAGUCCUGAAGAAGCCACAUCACGAGAAGACAGAAAAUUAUCAUCAUCAAAGUCAGCAAAUGCAACUUCCACCACCACCACUGCUGCGACAGUAUCGUCUACUGCCACAAGCAAAACAGUACCCGCAUCAUCUUCAACAUCAUCGAGUAUCCAAAAUAGAAUGCAAAAGCUUUUAAAUCAAAAUGAGUCCCAUCGUAUACAGAAAUCAGCACAAGGUUAUGGAAGAUUUACUGAUCAAAAUGUUUCUGAUGAUCUUGACAGUAUUAAUAAUUCACCUCAUGACAAACAUUCUCAUCAUAGACGUCACCAUCUGAACAAGAAAAAUAUAUCUCCUCCAGCAGUACCAAUUGGAUUAUCGUCUCGUAGGUCUGAAUCUCCAUCAGUUCCUCAUAGAUCAACUGCCCUGUCCCAACCCUUAAGUAAAGUAAGAGGAAGUAAACCUCCAGUUAUUAAAGCCAAACCACCACCACCUAAACCAAAGAAACCACAAUAUUUGAAGUCACCAGAGAAGGAGAAUGGGAGAAGAUUAAGUACAUCGAGUGAGGUUUCUAUGCCGGAUUUAGAUGAUUUAGAAAAACAAUUCUCCAAGAGAUUCCCAAGUUAUGUGUAA